AUACAUAAUACAUAUAUAAGAUUAAGAUUGACAAACUUUUAGGAUUCCUGAUUUUUUAUAUUCCUGGCCAUUCUGGGGAUGUAUUAAGUAGCAAAAGUGCUUAAUUGGAGUAUAUUUAUCAGUGCCAUAGUUUUUUCUUUGAGUGACAUAGUCGUAAAAUAUGAAUAAUCUAGCAAAAAAUCUAAAUAGAUUUCGUCUCAUAACGUUCGAUAUCACAGAUACCCUGCUCCGCUUCAAGACAGCCCCAGCUGUGCAAUAUGUCAAAGCUGCCUCGAAACACGGUUACUCCAAUGUGGACCAGACACAGAUUGCAAAUAAUUUCAGUCGACUCUUCCGGCAAAUGACAGAGAAAUACCCCAUUUUUGGAUAUCAUCAUCCGCAGGAAAUUAAGGGAUGGCGCGAUUGGUGGCGACAGCUGGUCAUCGGCGUCUUUGAAGCCUCCCAUGCAAAUAUUCCAGCUGCGGAUCUCGAAAGGAUUGCAAAUUAUCUAAUUGAAUGCUUUGAGACAAGCGAAUGCUGGCAGCGAUGCUCUUCAGCUAAACAUCUCGUUGAUGACAUCCAAAAAGUUGGAAAGAUCAUAGGGGUCAUUACGAAUUCUGAUCCAAGGAUAAGGAGUGUCAUUCGAAAUCUUCAACUUCCGGAAUUUGAUUUUAUCACAUGUUCCUACGAAGUUGGCUUUCAAAAGCCAAGUCAUGAAAUCUUUGAUGCUGCUGUGCAGCUAGCUGGUCAGGAUGUUCAAUCGUCAGAAUCUCUCCAUAUUGGCAACACACCACAUCUGGAUUACUUGGGAGCUCAUUCAGCUGGUUGGACUAGUAUACUUAUUACUAAUAACUGUGAUUCUUGGAAAAAGUACUCCAAGGAUAUCGACACAUCCAAGAUUUUCCCAACACUUCAACAAUUUCACGAAGCAUUGAAAGAAAAGCAUCUCAAUUUAUGAGCGUGAGAUGAAUAUUUUCUUAUUAUUAAGAAUUCUGAGCUUACUAAAAAUUAAAAAAAAAACUUAUGUUAAUCAUAACUCAUGUAUCAAAAAAAGGUACAACGAAAAGUUAUUUUUUUUUUAUAAAUAGUGUAGAUAGGUGUAAAAAAUUAACAAUGAAAUAUAUCAUAAAAAAUAAA